AUGUACCAAGGUCUUAUGGAUCACUUGGCUUUGCAAGCAACAGAACACAACCUUACACCAAGAAAAUUAGUAAUUCUGCCAUCAUCCUUUCAAGGGUCACCCAGAGCCAUGCAGCAGAACUUCCAAGACGCAAUGGCGAUAGUUUCAAAGCAUGGGCGCCCAGACCUGUUCAUAACAUUUACAUGCAAUCCGACGUGUAAAGACAUUUUAGAUUCACUUCUGCCCAACCAAAGACCAGAACACCGACCAGACAUUGUCAGCCGUGUCUUUAAACUACACCUGGCAGAACUACUAGAUGACAUCAGAAACAAGCAUGUCCUUGGAGUGCCAAUCGCUUACAUAUACGUCAUUGAAUUUCAAAAACGUGGCCUUCCCCACUGCCACCUCUUACUUAUAUUGGCAGAAGGAAGCAAACUGAAAGAACCGGCCGAUAUUGACAGUGUAAUAUCAGCCGAAAUCCCAGAUCAACAAAGCGAACCACACCUGUACAAUAUCGUCAAGAGCACGAUGGUUCAUGGACCUUGCGGCUCAUUCAACCACGCUUCCCCAUACAUGGUAGAUAACAAGUGUUCAAAGGACUACCCCAAAGCCUUCCAAGAUAGCACAGCCCUGGCAGUCAACGGUUACCCACUGUACAGACGUCGAGACAACGGACGAACCAUAAUCGUUGGGCGACAUGAAAUAGAUAACAGGUGGAUAGUGCCUUACAACCCAUAUCUCACGAAGAAAUUCUAUGCCCACAUCAAUGUAGAGGCAUGUACGUCAAUCAAGUCCGUCAAAUAUUUAUUCAAAUACGUGUACAAAGGCCACGACUGCGCAAAUGUCAGAAUAACUCAGACAGAUGAGCUCACACAUGACGAAGUCCACACUUUUUUGGAUACAAGAUAUGUCAGUGCACCAGAGGCCUUUUGGAGACUAUCCGAAUUCCACAUGCACCAACAGUCCCACACUGUGUACCGUCUUGCCAUCCACCUCCCAAACCAACAGCAUGUUUACUUUGAAAAAGGAAACCACGAAUCUGCCAUGCUUGCAGCAUCAGCUCAUGACACAAUGCUAACGGCUUAUUUCACAAUAAACUCGCGCAACCCGACGCCUUACCUGUAUACACAGCUCCCGAAUCACUUCGUUUGGCAAAACCAAACACAUCAAUGGACACCUAGAAAACAAAGAGGAGACAAGAUACUCCCACGUAUCUACUCCGUCAGCCCCAAGGACACAGAAAAAUACUGCCUACGUAUACUUUUGCACCACGUUACAGGUGCAACAAGUUUUGAACACUUGAGGACCAUAGACGACCAAGUUCUUCCAACAUUCAAGGAAGCAUGCAUACAACGCCAUCUCCUAACUGAUGACAAAGAAUGGGACUACGCCUUGAAAGAGGCCUCUCGGUUUCAGAUGCCCAGUCAACUCCGAGCCCUGUUUGCCACGAUAUGCAUGUACUGUCUGCCUACGCAUGCGUCAACACUGUGGGAUUCGCAUAAAGUGGCGAUGACUGAAGAUUACACUGACCUUCACCACCUGUCACCCACAGCAGCUGAACAGAAGGCCCUGCUCCAUAUAGACUCCAUAUUACGUCAGGCCAGUAUGAAAUGCUCUGAUUUUAACCUACCACUGAUGGAUACACAAGAAAUCAUCACAAACGAUACCCCACAGUUCAAUGUCAGCCCACAACAAGCACAGGAACUAAUCGCCAAACUCAAUGACGACCAACACAGUUUCGUGCAGGCAGUCAUCCAAGACCUACAUGACAUCCAAACAGCAGCUACCCCUAAAUGCAGAGCGUAUUUUCUGGAUGGGCCAGGGGGCACCGGAAAGACACUGUGCUAUAACACCCUCAUUUCCUACUGCCAUAGCGAGAGACAACUGGUUGCCGCAACUGCAUGGACAGGUAUUGCAGCUACAUUGUUGACAGACGGUCGUACAGUACACAAUCUAUUCAAAUUGCCUGUACCCAUCCUAGACACAAGUGUCAGUAAUGUCAAGCCAAAUUCAAAUCAUGCCGACUUCCUUCGUUCCGUCACCCUAUUUAUCAUUGAUGAAGCUUCGAUGAUUCCGUCUAAUGCUCUGACAGCCAUAGAUAAAAUGCUGAGGGAUAUAGCUGACAUUGACAUACCAUUUGGUGGGAAAAUCUUUGUCCUUGGUGGAGACUUCAGACAAGUACUUCCAGUUAUCCCAAAGAAACCACCUGCAGUUGUCAUCGAAAACUGCUUAAAACGUUCACCUCUCUGGCCUCAUUUGACACUCCACCACCUCACCAAAAACAUGAGAGCCCUUCAGAGCGAACAGACCUUUGCCAGCUGGCUCCUGCAUCUCGGAAAUGGUCAACUCCACGCAGACACUAACAUUCAGAAUACAAUACAAAUUCCACCAGAAUGCAACAUAGUCAGUCAGCACACAAAUAUUGUCGAUCAAAUUUUCUCAGACCUUACGCAACCAAGAAAUUUAGCCACCACAGUCAUUUUGACCCCAACAAAUGACUCUUCACUACGGAUCAAUGACUCUGUCAUUGAAAGACUACCCGGUACACCUAAACUCUAUACAAGUGCAGAUCGUGCCAUUUGUGUAGAUGAAAAGGAAGCUCAACAGUAUCCCCUGGAAUUCUUAAAUUCCAUCACUCCCACCGGCAUGCCUCCACACCGCCUGCUACUAAAGCAAGAAUCAAUUGUCAUGCUCUUGAGAAACUUGGAUGUCAAAAGAGGAUUGUGUAAUGGUACCAGACUGUUAGUGCGCCACCUACAUAAUCAUGUCAUCGAUGCGGAAAUUAUAACAGGAUCCAGUAAGGGUCAAUUAGUGCUGAUACCACGCAUAAAACUAGCACCUUCUGAUGCCAACCUACCUUUCAUCCUUGAAAGAACACAAUUUCCUAUACGAGCUAGCUACUGCAUGACAAUAAACAAAGCACAGGGACAAACUUUCAACAAAGUUGGCAUCUUUCUUCCACAGUCAGUGUUUAGUCAUGGCCAACUCUAUGUUGCCUUCUCAAGAGCACGCCGUUUUCAGGAUAUCUUUGUCCAGGUCCUCCAGUCGCCAACGCAAGGAGUCUUCAACAACAAAACUGUGACAAACAAUAUUGUUUACAAGGAAGUCCUAUAA